AUGGAAUAGAGCUGUUUUAUAUACUGAAGUCAGCGACUUUCUUCUCUCUCUCUAAAGCUUAAUCUCUCUUGUUGCCAACUUCCUAAAUUAGGUUUUCAGUUCUGCAACAACAGCAAGCUUCAAUCAAAAACUGCACGUUCUAAUUUGCUGCGAUCAAAUCGAAGGAGUCUAAUGAGACAGCAGCGAUUAUGUGCAGCCGCGACUUGCUAAAGUGGAUGGAGAAUUACAAUCAAGGAGAUCUAACCGACAUAAUCAGAGCCACCGGCGGCGCCAAUCCGCCAGCUGAAACCCCCGCCGCCGCGCCGGAGUGGCAGUUUCCGACCAACCCGAUCGCCUUCUCCGCCGCCGAUUUCGGCGAUCCGUUCGCGCAACUCGGCGAUCCGCUGAUCCACGCGCCUCCUCCUCCUCCGCCUCUGCCAGGAUUCUUCGACAUGAUCAAACCUAGCGACGCCGCCGGGAUGAGAUUUGGGGGAAAUAGCAAUCUAGGUCAAAAAAUUAGCCUCGACAAGGAGAUGAAGAGACCUCCGAAUAUCUUCUCGAGGAUGCUCCAGAUCUCCCCCACCGCGAAGCUGCCGAUACCACUGUCGCCGUGCGAUUCUUCUCCGGCGGCGGCGGGGGCUCCGAUGUUAGUGGCGAAUGAUCAUCAUGCAUUAAUCUCCCCGAGCUACAGCUCGAGAGGGAAUUGCUUGAUUGAAAGCAGCCUGCAGAUCUCAUCUCCGCGAAAUGCGGGGAUCAGGAGAAGAAAAAGCCAGGCGAAGAAGGUGGUUUGUAUACCGGCUCCGGCGCCCGCAAACAGCCGGCCCAGCGGGGAAAUCGUGCCCUCCGAUCUUUGGGCGUGGCGAAAAUACGGGCAGAAACCUAUCAAGGGUUCGCCCUAUCCGAGGGGUUAUUACAGAUGUAGUAGUUCAAAGGGAUGUUCGGCGAGGAAGCAAGUGGAGCGGAGCCGAACCGACCCGAACAUGCUGGUGAUUACAUACACGUCGGAGCACAACCACCCAUGGCCCACUCAGAGAAACGCCCUGGCCGGCUCCACGCGAUCUCAGCCGUCCAAAACCGCCGCCGCCAAAACCUCGCCGAAGCCGAAAGACGAGCAGAAGGAAACCAGCACGGAGACCGCCGCCCCGUCGUCGACGAAUUCCGCCGCCGUGAAAGAGGAGGUGGAUCAAGAAUUCGACAACAACAACAACCAAACAAUGGAAGCGGCGGAGGAGGCGGAAUUCGACGAUGAGUUCUCGCAGCAGAGCUACAAGCCGGCGUUGCCGGAAUCCAAUCAAAACGAAGACAGCUUCUUCGCCGGCCUCGGCGAGAUCGAGGCCGAUUCAUUGGACUUGCUUUUCAUACAGGGAUUUGACGGCCGUGAUCACGGCGGCAAGGGUUUGGACCCUUUCGGCUUCUACGAUUGGGGCGGAACCACCACCGCAGCCGCCGCCGCUUCCAGCGGCGGCGCAGGCGGAGAGGAUGAGGGGGAUUCGUGACAUGAUGUUAAGCAACAGAAGCCCCCACUCAGUUCCAUGCAUGAUUUAUGAGUGUGAGUUUUUUACACGUGGGGAGGGUUUUUUUUCCCAACUUAUCUUUAUUUUACAUUAGUUUUUUUAUUUAAUUUUUUCAGGGUUUAAUCUAGAUUCAGAAAUUAUAUGGUGAAAAAAGGGUUUUAUUUGUAUUAUGAUAAUUAAUUAAGAAGUGAGAGAGUGGUGGUUAAUAUGGGAGCAGUUUGGAAUAUUGGUGGAUGGGACAGAAAGCUGAGGAACAGAAGGUUUGAACAGUGGGGAAAAGUACAUUUAUGAGACAUGAAAGGAUGGCUCAAUGAAGGGAUUAUGAUGUGGGAUGGGACUCCAAUUUUACAAUUGGGGUUGAUUAAUUAAUUACUCUUAUAUAUACAUAUAUUAUUAGUUAUAUAUGUAUUGCAUGUGUGCAGAGUUUGGUGAUUAAUUAUAUAUUGAUACUACUUUGUAAUGUAGCCAUGAGAUACAAAACCUUGGGUUCCUCCGCUUUCUGUUCUUUAAUCUUCAUUGUUGUACUAGUUAAUUUAAGUAUUUUUUUUUCUGAUUUCUAGAUUUAAUUAAUGCUCUGUGGUUGAGGUGGAAUCAUUUCAAUUGUUUCAACUUUCAAGACAUAAUUGUGUGGUA